CAGACGUGUAUCCCGUGCAUCCGAUGAAACCGUCAAUAGACAAACAUUAUUUUCCAAAUAUAUUAGUUUUUAAUAAAAAAAACUAAUAUUUUAUUUAAUAAAGGUUAAAUUAACAUUAAGAUUUAGAAAACCUACAAAUCCUUCAAUUUGUAUAAUUAUUUAUUAAAAAUCACUAUUUCAAAUGUGGCUUACAAUCACUAGACUGAUCUGGGCCACAACUUCUAAACUGAUCUGGGCCACAUACCUCCCACCCACAACUGGCCCAAAAGUUAACUGCCAUCAUGGAUCCAGUGACAUCAUUGCCACACCUGGCCCAUACUUGGCUGACAUGUUGCAUGCCGUUGCCGGCAGCACGCCAGCAGUGCCAUCAUGAGACCGCAUUCGGGCAGAGUCCGUCUGCUAUGUGGGUUUUUGAGAUUUCAUCCAACAAAACAAAUAGCACUGCUAUCAAGCUGGGCUAUAAAAAGGGCAACAAUGCAGAGCGCCCGGGACGAGCUCCCUAACAAUUCCCUUAUUCAUCCUCCAGGCUUUUAUAUUGUCGGUCUUACCUCUAUGGCUUACAACAACAUCUAUGUCAUUUUUCUUUCAGUAGUUUAUGUGUUUACAGUCAUGUCCAAUGUUUUUCUCAUCACCAUUAUUUUCUAUGACCGUCGUCUACAUGUUCCGAAAUUCAUGGCUAUUUGUAACCUGUCAGUGGUUGAUCUUAUGCUCAGCACGUCUCUUGUGCCCGGCAUGAUAAAGAUUUACCUUUUUCUGGACAAUUUUAUACCGUUCAAAUUGUGCCUUGUUCAAAUGUUCACCUACUAUGCCAUUUUAGGCCUCGAGUCCAUUUCUCUAUGUGUUCUGGCUUAUGAUAGGCUGAUUGCGAUCUGUUUCCCUUUGAGACAGGAGUCUUUAAACACAAACACCAAAAUGGCCUAUAUCGUUUGUGGGAUUUGGGUUUUUGGCAUUGGUAUUGCACUGUAUGGUCCUAUAUCCAUGACACAAUUAUCAUUUUGUGGCUCUGUUAGAGUCAACAGCUAUUUCUGUGAUUUUGCUCCUGUUUUCAGGCUCGCCUGCAACGAUACGUCACGCCAAUGGGGUUUUGCCACCAGCACAACUAUAAUCCUUGUGUUUCUCCCUUUCAGUUUUAUUUUCUUGACAUAUACAUGUAUACUGAUCACUGUAUUCAGAAUGAAGAGCAUCCAGAGCAGAUAUAAGGCACUGGCUACGUGCACAGAACAUCUUAUAUUAGUGGCAUUGUUUUUUUUCCCUGUGAUUGUUGUUUUUAAUCUUGGAUUUUUUGGAUUUGUUAUAAACACCAAUGUAAGGGUGGUGGUCCUGUCCAUGACUUCAUGUCUUACGCCCUGUGUGAAUCCCAUUGUCUAUUCUCUGAAAACUAAAGAGAUUAGAAGCAGAGUUUAUUCUUUGUUUACUCAGAGACGGUCUGUUCAACCACUAAAAAUCUAAAGUUACAUGAGAUUGUUUGUAUUGUUUUGGGGGACACUGUGUCAUUUUGCUUUUAAGGUUGACAUAUAUGGUUUGAAGUUUCACUCAAUAAUUUGCCUUUACUUACUACUACUGGUUUUUAAAAUUGUAUCUACUUGAUCAUUUGCGAUAAUUAUAUCUGAAGAAUUGGGUUCCUUUGUUUGCCUUUUUACAAUAUAUCUAUGUUGUAUGCAGCUAUAGUAGGUCUUCAUAGUGAAUUAAUCAUUUAAUUAUUUGCUUUUGGUCUUUCUAAAAGUUCAUAGUAAAUCUUUUCAAAUCUGGUUACAAUACAAAAAUAAUUUGUGUUAC